AUGUUCAUUGAUGUCUGCGAGAUGAGAGGAUUGCAAGAAGGCACUCUGGGCCAUUUUGUUAACACUCUCAUGUCGAAAGUCUUUGUGUAUGGAAUGGCAAAUCUCGGCGUGUUUGUGGCAAUGCUGCAGAAGCAAUCAAAGUGGAGCACAGGAACCACAGGAAGUUAUGGCGCUCUUGCUGGAUUGGUUAUCUGGGAAACCAUCUGGAAGAUUUCAAAUUCUAUCCCAAUGGAAGAUUUCCCGACUUCUCGUUUGGUCAUGCCUCGCCCAUAA